AUGAAUAUUACUACAUCUUCUCCUUCGUCUUCUUCCAUUGAUUCAUCAUCAGUAGUUGUAAAAGAAGAGAAAGAAGAGGAAGAAUCAAAAAGAAUAAUAAAUGAUCAAAAAUCUUCAACAUGUGAAUUAAUCAAAGAUCAAGUAUUUGAAGUUGGACCACGUUAUACUGAUUUAAAAUAUAUUGGUGAAGGUGCAUAUGGAAUGGUUGUAUCAGGUAGUGAUAAUCGAACAAAUCAACGUGUCGCAAUUAAAAAAUUAUCUCCAUUUGAACAUCAAUGUUUUUGUCAACGAACAUUACGUGAAAUAAAAAUUUUAGCAAGAUUAAAACAUGAAAAUAUUAUUAAUAUACAAGAUAUUAUACGUUCUAGUGUUUUUGAACAAAUGAAAGAUAUUUAUUUAGUACAACAAUUAAUGGAAUGUGAUAUGUAUAAAUUAAUAAAACAUCAAAAACUAAGUUCAGAACAUGUUUGUUAUUUUCUUUAUCAAAUAUUACGUGGUUUAAAAUAUAUUCAUUCAGCUAAUGUAUUACAUCGAGAUUUAAAACCAUCAAAUCUAUUGUUAAAUACGAAUUGUGAUUUAAAAAUAUGCGAUUUUGGUUUAGCACGUAUUGCAGAUCCAUCAUUUGAUCAUAGUGGUGUAUUAACUGAAUAUGUAGCAACAAGAUGGUAUCGAGCACCAGAAAUAAUGUUAAAUGCUCGUGGUUAUAAUAAACCAAUUGAUUUAUGGUCAGUUGGAUGUAUUUUAGGUGAAAUGCUUAAUGGCAAACCAUUAUUUCCUGGUAAACAUUAUAUUGAUCAAUUAAAUUUAAUUCUUAAUGUUGUUGGUUCUCCGGAUGAACAUGAUUUAGCUUCAAUUAUAAAUGAAAAAGCACGAAAUUAUAUAUCUAGUUUAAAAGCUCGUGCUAAACAACCAUUUUCUCGAUUAUAUCCUGAUGCUGAUAGUGGUGCUUUAGAUUUACUUGAUCGUUUAUUAACCUUUGAUCCAAAUAAACGUAUUGAUGUAUCCGCUGCUUUAGCACAUCCAUAUUUAAAACAAUAUUAUGAACCAAAUGAUGAACCUAUAGCAAUACAUCCAUUUACUCUUGAAAUGGAAAUGGAUGAUCAUCCAGUAACAAAAUUAAAACAACUUAUAUGGAAUGAAACAAAAUUAAUUAAAGAACAUAUAUUAUUACAACAAAUGCCUAUUCGACCUUAA